CCGACUGGGCCUCUCACACCCUGGGCGUGUUCAUCUGCCUGAGCUGCUCAGGCGUCCACCGCAACAUCCCCCAGGUCAGCACGGUGAAGUCAGUGCGCCUGGACGCCUGGGAUGAGGCCCAAGUGGAGUUCAUGGCCUCCCACGGGAACGAUGCCACCAGAGCCGCCUACGAGGCCAGCGUGCCCCCGUUCUACUACCGACCUUCCCUCUCCGACUGCCCGCAGCCUUCCGGAUCCACCAGCCCCUGGCACAGCAGACCCUCAGGUCACCCUGCCCAGAGUCUGAAUCCAGCCAGGAGACUCCUGCGUGAGCAGUGGAUCCGGGCCAAGUACGAGCGGAAGGAGUUCCUCCACCCGGAGAAGCAGGAGCCCUACUCCGCAGGGUACCGCGAGGGGCUGCUCUGGAAGCGAGGCCGAGACAAUGGGCAGUUUUUCAGCCGCAAGUUCGUGCUGACAGAGCGCGAGGGGGCCCUGAAGUACUUCAACAAGAAUGAUGCCAAGGAUCCUAAAGCUGUGAUCCGGAUCGAGCACCUGAACGCCACCUUCCAGCCAGCCAAGAUCGGCCACCCCCACGGCCUGCAGGUCACCUACCUGAAGGACAACAGCACACGCAACAUCUUCGUCUACCACGAGGAUGGGAAGGAGAUGGUGGACUGGUUCAACGCGCUGAGGGCAGCUCGCUUCCACUACCUGCAGGUGGCCUUCCCGGGGGCCAGCGACGCCGACCUGGUGCCCAAGCUGUCCCGGAACUACCUGAAGGAGGGCUACAUGGAGAAGACGGGCCCCAAGCAAACAGAAGGGUUCCGGAGACGCUGGUUCACCAUGGACGACCGCCGGCUCAUGUACUUCAAGGACCCCCUGGAUGCCUUCGCCCGCGGGGAGGUCUUCAUCGGCAGCAAGGAAGGUGGCUACUCGGUGCUGGAGGGACUCCCGGCCGGCACCCAGGGCCACCGUUGGGCCUACGGCAUCACCAUUGUCACGCCCGACCGCAAGUUCCUGUUUGCCUGCGAGACAGAGGCUGACCGCCAAGAGUGGGUAGCCGCCUUCCGAAGUGUGGUGGACAGGCCUAUGCUGCCCCAGGAGUACGCAGUGGAGGCCCACUUCAAGCAUAAGCCCUAGAGGCUGACCGAGCUGCCCUGCGUGGACCCCUGGUGGCAGCGUGCAGCCUGCAGAGGGCUCCUCAGAGGGGACAGUGAGCAGGGACCUGCCCUUGUUCUGAGACUGAACGCAGGGUGGGCCCCUUGGCUCCGGUCUGGCUGACCCCUGACCAACCAAGCUGCUAUGACCGGCCCCCAGCCUGCUGCUCAUCCCCAAGGCCCACCUGCCCACAGCAGCCUCUUCCUCCUCCCCUGCCUGCGCAGGGGUCUGGCAGCAGGCACGGGGGCCUGCAGCACACAUGCCUGUGCUCCCCCACCUCCACCCCCGCCUUCUGCUAGGAGGCUUGGGGCCCUGUCCCUGACCUCCUCUAACUUGUAUUUAUUGGCUAUUUCUGUGGUCACUCACUUUGGGGGGACCCCACCACAGCGCAGACCCCACGGUGCUCCCUCUGGCCACUGACUGGCGGGGCUGUGACCUUGCUGAUCGAAACCCAGGGCACUGCCCACUUGAGGACUGUCCUAGACCCCAGCUGGCUGCUGGCCGGCCAGUGGCUACAGGGUCGAGUUUCCUCCACCCUGGCCCCCCAGGUGGCCCCACUGCCCCCACCGGGCCACAUGCAGGGUGGACUGCCCACCUUAGUCCCUCCUGCAGCCGAGGGGUGGGACAGGCUGGAGCUGGGCUUGGUGAUCCACAUUCCACACCCUGAAUAAAGUGGUGGCUCUGGA